AUGUCUCAUCACGCCAUGCACGCAUCUACUGGACACAAGCACUUCAGUUCCUGUUCUGUGGCUUUGCCUAAACAUUCCGGCUCACACAACAUCUUCUCACACACUACUAAACAUGGUGGACAUGGUCACAAGACCCAGCACUGCUUUACUAGUUCAAGUGCACAUAAUAUUGGAUCAAAGGGACAUAAGAUUUCAAUGGGAAGUUUUCAUUCAGGGAAAAGUGGACAUGGGUCUGGGUUUGGAAUUCGUGGAACUGUCCAAGGAUUAGCGGGAUCAUCCUGUUCUGGAGGAAUCACCCCUGUUACUGUGAACAAAGGUCUCCUAGCACCCCUCAAUUUGGAGAUUGACCCAAGUAUCCAAAGAGUGAGGACAGAGGAGAAGAAUCAGAUAAAAGGUCUUAACAACAAGUUUGCCUCCUACAUUGACAAGGUAAGAUUUUUGGAACAGCAGAACAAGAUGCUGGAGACCAAGUGGGCAGUCUUACAAGAUCAGAAAACAGCUAGAUGUCAGAUAGAACCUCUGUUUGAUGCUUUUAUCAACAACCUCAGCAGACAGCUGGAGAACCUGAAGUGUGAGAGUGCUCGUCUGGAUGCAGAAAGGAACAGUGUGGAGGGAACUGCAGAAGAACUAAGAAGACGGUAUGAAGAGGAAUUAAACAGACGUAUUGCUGCAGAGAAUGAAUUUGGUAGACUAAAGAGAGAAGUCGAUGCAGUUUUUAUGAACAAAGUUGAGCUGCGAACAAGAGCUGACUCCCUGACUGAUGAGAUCAACUUCUUGAGGACGCUGUAUGAUGCGGAGAUUGGUCAGCUCCAAGCGCAGAUCUCAGACACUUCCGUCAUUGUAUCUAUGGACAACAGUCGAAACCUGGACAUGGAUGGCAUCAUCUCUGAGGUCAGAGCUCAAUACGAAGAGAUUGCUAACAGGAGCAGAGCUGAGGCUGAGGCUAUGUACCAGUCAAAGUUUGAAGACUUGCGAAUGGCAGCUGGAAGAAAUGGAAAUAAUUUGCAGGAUAGCAGAAAUGAGAUUACCAAACUCAACCAAACUAUUCAAAGAAUUAAAGGAGAGAUUGAAUGUGCUAAAUCCCAGCGGGCUGCAUUGGAAGCUGCUAUAAAUGAGGCAGAGGAACGUGGAGAAGCGGCAGUCAGAGAUGCAAAGAAUAAACUGUCUGAUCCGGAGGCUGCUCUACAGAAGGCCAAGCAGGACAUGGCUCGCCAACUGCGUGAUUACCAGGAACUGAUGAAUGUAAAACUAGCUCUGGAUAUUGAGAUCGCCACCUACAGGAAGAUGCUGGAGGGAGAAGAGUGCAGGUUAUCUGCAGAAAGCCCUGUUAACAUUUCUGUUCUGCACUCCAGCACUGGGGGAAAACACCAUGCAAGAGAAAUGUCCCAUGCUGCAAGUGAACAUCAUCACCAUAAAGCAGGAUUCAGUUCAAAAAGCCACGUUUCCAAGCACCAUUAUAACCAUGGUCACCAUUGUUAAAUGGGAAGUGUAGUCUACUUUCCCAACACUUCAUGACAUUU